ACAUGAUCGAUAAGCAAACCAAGGAGAUCCGGCAAGACGAAGACGAGACAGUUUACAAGUCGCUUGACGAACUCGCCGAUGACCUUCCUGACCACUCUCCGCGGUUCGUCCUGCUAAGCUACCCCCUGACGCUGCCAUCCGGCCGUCUGUCAGUUCCCUACGUGAUGCUCUACUACCUGCCCACGACGUGCAACAGCGAGCUGCGGAUGCUGUACGCCGGUGCUAAAGAGCUGAUGCGCAACACGAGCGAGGUGACCAGAAUUAUAGAUCUGGAGUCCCCCGAAGAGUUGGAGGAACUUCCUUCGAAGCUCGGGGCCGCUUGAGGGCGACAGGAUAGGAAAGCGAGGGGUGGCGCAGACAUCACGAAUAAUGACCUUAAAGGACGUAUUAUGUUCGAUUAUAGAUAAUAUGCUACAGAUGCGACUUCGUUAACCCUCAGGCACUACCUGGUUCGGGUCAAGCCCUAUCUGCUCCGCCAACCCCCUGACAACAUGCUUGAGUGCUACACAGGCAGGACUGUCGGGGAACGAGUCAAAAAA